CUAACCCAUCAUCCAUCCCACUUCCAUCUCUCUCUCUGUUUCUCUCUUUGUCCAAAGAGACUCUCUCAAAAAAUUUUAUAUCAUCUUCUUCCUCAGUCCCUCUUCUACAGCCAUGUCUUGCUUCAAGGGAAAGUACCAUGAUGAGCUCAUUGCCAAUGCUUACUACAUUGGCACUCCUGGAAAGGGUAUCCUAGCUGCUGAUGAGUCCACUGGCACAAUGGGCAAGCGUCUUUCCAACAUUAAUGUUGAGAAUAAUGAGUCAAACAGGAGGGCUUUUCGUGAGCUCCUCUUCACCACUCCCGGUGCUCUUCAAUACCUCAGUGGAGUGAUUCUCUAUGAGGAAACUCUUUAUCAGAAGACUGCCGCAGGUAAGCCCUUUGUUGAGGUGCUCAAGGAGGGUGGUGUUUUGCCUGGAAUCAAGGUUGACAAGGGUACCCUUGAGCUUGCCGGAACCAAUGGUGAGACCACCACUCAGGGUUUUGAUGGCCUUGACCAGCGUUGCCAGCAGUACUACACAGCCGGUGCUAGGUUUGCCAAAUGGCGCGCCGUACUCAAAAUUGGCCCUACCGAACCAACUCAGCUUGCAAUCACCGAAAAUGCCAACGGUUUGGCUCAAUACGCCAUCAUAUGCCAGAGGAACGGCCUGGUCCCCAUUGUUGAACCCGAGAUCUUAGUAGACGGCUCUCACGACAUCGACAAGUGCGCUAACAUCACGGAACGCGUUCUUGCGGCAGUUUACAAGGCUUUGAACGACUACCAUGUCUUGCUGGAAGGAACUCUGUUAAAGCCCAACAUGGUGACACCUGGCUCGGAUGCUGCUAAAGUUGCCCCUGAAGUGGUGGCUGAGUACACCGUUCGUGCACUGCAGAGGACAAUGCCUCCGGCAGUGCCAGCUGUGGUGUUUUUGUCUGGUGGGCAGAGCGAGGAGGAGGCUACUCGCAACCUUAAUGCCAUGAACAAACUCGAGGGUAAGAAGCCAUGGAGCCUCACUUUCUCGUUUGGAAGGGCUCUUCAGCAGAGCACUCUCAAGGCUUGGGUAGGAAAGGAGGAAAAUGUGGAGGCAGCUCAGGCGGCGUUCCUUGCGAGGUGCAAGGCCAACUCUGAGGCUACACUUGGUACUUACCAGGGCGGUGGUUCGUUGAGUGAGGGUGCAUCAGAGAGCCUUCAUGUCAAGGAUUACAAAUACUAGUUUGAGUUUUGAUUUCUUGCUUGACGUUUUUGUUGUGGUUAUGAGUGUGUCUUUAUUCCCAGGCAUAGUCGUAGGUGGUUUUGUCACAUCUUUUCAAACGGUCUAAAGAGACCGGUAGUAGAAUAAAGCUUGAGGAACAUCGACAUAUUGAGGUUGAAGGGUAUUUUUCUCUUUUCAGUUUGUAAACUUGUAAACAAUCUUUUCUAUAAAGAAGGGUUUAUGGUUUUUCCCUUUA